AUGGAGGAUCAGCUGUGCAGAAGCCUACUCCACAGAACAGGACUUACUUCAGCAGAGCUCUGGUGCCUACUGAGUCUGCCCCUUGAGUGUUCUGGUUGUGGAGGUGAAUUUAGGAAAAUUCUGAAAACUCUGAGUCUGCGUGCUGCAUCAGCGCCCCCUGUGCCUUGCGCACCGCGGCCCUGGGGCCUAAGGGCCAGCGCCAUCCAGAUGCUGCACAGUGACCCCAAUCUGCUCUCGGUGCAUAAAUUCACAGAGAAACAUGAAUGGAUAACAACAGAAAAUGGUACUGGAACAGUGGGAAUCAGCAAUUUUGCAGAGGAAGCUUUGGGAGAUGUUGAUUACUGUAGUCUGCCUGAAAUUGGGACAAAACUGAACAAACAAGAUGAGUUUGGUGCUUUGGAAAGUGUGAAAGCUGCUAGUGAACUCUAUUCUCCUUUAACAGAAGCAACUGAAAUUAAUGAAGCUCUUGCAGAAAAUCCAGGACUUGUCAACAAAUCUUGUUAUGAAGAUGGUUGGCUGAUCAAAAUGACAUCGAGUAACCCUUCGGAACUAGAUGAACUAAUGAGUGAAGAAGCAUAUGAGAAAUACAUAAAAUCUAUUGAGGAGUGAAAAAUGGAACUCCCCCCUAAAUAAAGUAGUAUGAAACAACUUAAAAAAAAA